AUGUCUCGACCUACGGAAAAGCGCCUCCCUGUCCCUGACGACGUCGUGUUCGACAUCCUAACUUGGCUGCCAGUGAAAUCCUUAAUCCGAUUCAGAUGCGUUUCCAAAUCUUGGUACUCCACCAUCACCAACCCGAUUUUCAUCACCACACAUCUCAACCUCAACAAAGCGAAAGAAUCACUAUCCACUGACAACAAUAACAAUAACAAUAACAAUGGUUAUCUGUUAUAUACAAAUGUACCAAAGGAUUUUUCAUCUAGCCAUGAACUGUGUACGGCUGUUUACAAUACCGACCACACACUCACCCAGAUUUCUGCUUUUCAAAUCCCCUUUUCUGGUUUCAACGUGGUUAGCUUCUGUAAUGGCAUGUUCUGCCUUGAUUGUCUUACCGACCAUGGUGAUCAUAUAAUAUGUUUGUGGAACCCAAGCAUUAGAAAGUUUAAGACACUUGCUCCUUUUCGCUUGAUUGACUAUGUUGAUAGCGGCACUCUUAGACUUGAGAGCGUCACUCUUGGACUUGCUUAUAAUUCUCAAAACAAUGAUUUCAAGAUUCUUAGACUUGCGUGUUUUUAUGAUAUUAUUGAAAAAUUUGUAAUAAAUUGGUUCAGGAUUGAGGCCGAGAUUUACACAUCCAGUACUGAUUCGUGGAGAAAGGUUGAAAUAUCAGUGGAGGGUUACAUAUGCCUUAUAUGGGAGAUGAAGGAGUAUGGUGUGGCUGAGUCUUGGACUUGGACUAAAAAAUGUAUAACAAUGAAUUCCUUCUAUAGCUGCUACGGUUGCACUGACAAUGGUGAAAUUCUAAUGAAGAAUGCUAAUGGGCUAGUUUCAUUUGACCCUGAGAAUCAUCAGAACAUUUUUGCUAUUGAAGAUGCACGUUGGGCGGAUUACACUGCUAAUUCUAUGGAGAGUUUGGUUUUACUUGAUGGGGGUAAUAGUGUAUCUGAAUACAAAGAUUAG